AAACAAGCAAAGCCAGUGGAAAUCUGAUUCCAGUCUGGCUUCAGAAAAGCGAUGACUGCUUUCCUGAUUCAUAGGAUUCAUUUUUCUUUUAAGAAGCAAAGACAUUUGAAUCGAUUGUUCUAAUAACAAACAACAACAAAAGUGUGUUUUUGUUACAUUUUUAGAAUAGUUUGAAUUCUUUAUACUUACUUUAUACUUUAUACCUCAGAUUUCUCUAAAAUGAUCUUUUAUCUGGAACUGUCGUGAAGCUUCUUUGUUUAUCGCUCGUGUUUGAGUUAAACGUCACGUGGUUUCGUUUUGCCGUCACGUGACUGAACAGACGGAAGUUCGAUACCUGGACAGUGCGACCUGAGCUCGUGCGUGUUUUUCGUGGGCAUGAGUGCUCCGGCUAGCGCUUGCGUGACAAAACCACGAGGUAAACGUGAGGCGGAGCGUUCAGUCAACUGGACCGAGGAGGAGACUCAGGUGCUUCUGUGUGCCUGGAGUAAUGAGCGCGUGCAGAAGGCUCUGGCCGAGAACCUGCGUAACACGCACGUCUUCAAGCACCUCUCGGCCCGCAUGAGUGAAAUGGGCUUCUGUCGGAGUCCGCACCAGUGCCGGCUCCGGGUCAAAACGCUCAAAGCCAACUAUGUAAGAGCCAAACUACGCCGGAGCGGAAACGCCUCACAGCCGUACACGUUCAGAUACUUUCCGGAGAUGGACGCCGUGCUCGGCCGAAGGAAGGACAGAGGACCCGACUGUGUCUCUGUGGACGGCAUGGCAGGUCGGUGCGCUCAGAGAGCAGCAAGCCUGUCGAUGGAUUCAAAUCCUUCUAAAACAGCGGAAAGACUUCCGCCUGAUUCAUCAGAGAGAAGCUUUGGCUCCCUGGGCGACAGUGAGACUGAUGCUGAAGUCAAAGUGGAGGACGGAGAGGAGUCGGCAGAUGGGAGCCACGCCGGAUGUUCCCGGCUCCAGAGAGACCUGAGGAGACAAGUCCACCUGCAGCCGCAGAGCAGCGAUACAGCAGUGGGAAACCAUGUGAGCCCAUCCUCUUGGCAUAUUCCUCCUCCUCCUCCUCCUCCUCCUCCUCCUCCCUCGGCUCCAUCAGGUGUAAACCUGAAUGCUCCUUUCUCCUGUGGCCCUUCUCAGUGUGACUCCUCCUGCCUGGAUCCUGUCCUCAAGCACCUGUCGGAGUGCUUCCAGCAGCUGCUGUCCCAGACGCGGAGCCUGCUGGUGCAGCUGGAGGGCCAAAGGCAGGAGCACGCCCACCGGCACCAGGAGCUCCUGGCUCAGUGUUUGCAGAGGGAGGAGCAGCGACAAAGAGAGACGGCUGAGAGGGAAGAGAGGAGGGAGAAGGCCCGGAUGGAGCAUGAGAUCCGAGUUCUGGAGCUCCUCAGCAGUCUAGCGAAGCAACAUGGCUGCAGCUGUGGGAGGAGCAAUUCUGAUGUUGGAAACCCUGCAAGCAGACGCCACCCAGAACAGAUUCACAGUAAUGAACAUUGACAGUUUGUCUUAAAACGGGUAUGAAGGUU